ACGGACAUUGUCAUCCCCAAUAUUUGCCAAUUACAUUUUUUAAUCAAGAAUUUUUGUUUGGAUUAAAUAAUGAGAGAUCGCGAUCGGCGUGACAGAGAUCGUGACAGGGAAAGGGAUAGAGACAGAGAACGGGAGAGGGACAGAGAUCGAGAGCGGGAUCGCGACAGACGUUAUCGUUCGAAGUCGCCCGCCAGAAGUAGCCGGCAGAGCUCGAAGUCUAAGAAAAAGAAAUCUAAGAAGUCAAAAAAGUACUCCCGCAGAAGUCGCAGCAGCAGCCGCAGCUCCUCGAGGAGCUCCACCAGUAGCAGGAGCAGUUCUCGAAGUCGGCACAGCAAAAGCAGGAGCAGGGACCAUAACAAAUCUCGGUCAACGUCUCAGAGGACCACAAGGGCUCCCAGCUCCGAAAGCAAUUCCCGAUCCGCCACUACACCUGCCACUAUUGGCCCCAUAAAAGCCAUCGAUUUGCUGGACACCAAAGUGCAGAAGACGCUGGAGACCAUAGAGGAGGACUCCUUCAAAUCGGCCUCGUUCUUCAGCUCACGCGAUUCAAAGGAGACCUCGGAGAAAGUGAUUAUCGACCUGAACAACGAAACGGUCACAGUACAGACCAAGCCAACCGUUCCAGUCCGAAACGAAGAUGUAAUAUUCCAUCCCAACUUUCUCGGCGAACCGGAUCUCAAGGCAGAGAAGUGGUUGCGCAAGCUCUACAAUUACCGCCAAAAGUACAUGCAGGAGUAAUCGAGUUUAUACUUUAUUUAAGAAACAAUAAACCUAUCACUAGAAUA